AUGGCGAGCUUGAAGAACUUACAGAAUAUGCGUCAUGCUUUCACCUGGAAUAUGUUGAUAGCAUACACUAUCAUUGCCACUAGUGUUUUCAGCUAUGGCUUUGAUGAUGCUGUUUACUCGACCAUCCAGACAAUGGACUCUUUCGAAAAGCAAUUCGGCACUUAUGAUAGCUCCACUGGGGAGUAUGGAUUCAGCACUCAGCAUUUGGCCUUCCUCAACUCUCUUGGCCUGCCUGCAAAAGCAGCUGGCACAUUCAUCGGAUGGGCGAUUGGAGAAUACUAUGGACGUCGAACCUGCUUUAUAGGCAUGCAGCUGAUGUGCAUCAUCGGUAUCUCCGUCAGUUACAGCGCGACGACUUUCGGUCAGAUCCUGGCCGGACGGAUGAUAGUACAAUGUUUCAUUGGCUGGGAGGACUGGCUUGUGCCCAUGUUCCUCGGUGAGAUCUGCCCUACUGUGGUUCGCGGGGCGACAGUGGUGGUAUACGUAUUUGCCCACAUGUUUGGCUCGUUCAUUUGUGCUAUCAUCACGUAUGAAACGGCCAAGUUGGAGGGAAACGCUGCUUGGAAAAUCCCGAUCGGUGUGAUGUGGACGUUCCCCUGCUUCAUCUUGCUUUGCAGUUGGCUUGUCCCAGAGAGCCCUCGGUGGCUUAUCCGGAAGAACAAGAUUCAGGCGGCGACGAAACAGCUCGAAUACCUUAACAAGGGGAAGGAUAUAGAUGUUGCUGGUGAAGUGGCAUUUUUGCAAGCAGCUGUCGAGGCAAACGCGCAAACAAAAGGCUCCUGGGCUGAACUUCUCCAGGGAACCAACCGGAGACGGACAAUGAUUGCAGUGAUGACCGCGGCUUUCAAUCAAUUGACUGGACAAUCCUUCGUCAGCCAGUAUGGCAGUCUGUUCGUCAAAUCCCUAAAAGUCAUGAACCCGUUCGCCUUCACGCUAGGAUCCCGAGGCAUCUCGACCAUGGGCCCUUUGGUAACCUUCUCCUUAGUUGACACAACUGGAAGACGGCCCAUUUACCUGAUUGGCGGUACUAUGACUACCGCCCUACUCAUGAUCUGUGGUGGGCUAGGGACAGGCACCAUAACCGAUGGCAAAAAGCGUGGAGUUUGUGGGGUGCUCAUGAUGUACGGGCUAUUUUACAUCAUGUCCUUCGGGUCUAUAUCUGUCAUUACGGGCGCAGAAACUCCCCAUCUGCGACUCCGCGAUAAGACCUCGGUUGUUGCCUGGCUUAUCCGGAUUGUUUGCGACUUUGCAGUCUCCUACUCUCUUCCCUACCUACUCAAGGCCCCGUAUGCCGAUCUCCAGUCCAAGGUUGGCUUUAUCUAUGGCUCCCUUGCAGCCGUGGGGGUGGCUUGCGGAUACUUCUUCCUUCCUGAGCUCACCGGACGCUCACUGGAGGAGCUGGAAGAUAUGUGGCAGCGGCGCAUCCCUGCGCGCAAGUUUGCUG